AUGACUACCCGAAGGGAUAAUUAUUUCAUAGAUAACUCGGCCGUAACUGAGGAGGCCGGGGAAGAUUCUAUGGUAAUAUCAAGGGCUGCUAGCCCAGAUCCCCUACUCCAGGGAGGACCCUCUACACAAACUAGGCAAUCAAGCAAACGCUCUGCUCAAGCCCAGUUUACGAGGAAUAUGCAGGAGUUUUUGGAUACCCAUGAGGCACAAAUGAGGUAUCUUGGUACAGCUGGACAGGCCAUGUGGCAGCAGCUACAAAACCUCCAGGAACAAGUGCAAGGGGGCUGGCAAGUCCUGGACAAGAAAGUACGGCAAGAAGCCAUCGCCCAGAAGCAACAUCUCGAAUCGCUCUUUGAGCUCGUCGAAAAUGUUCGGCAAGUACAGGAAGCCGCACGAGCCGCCGACCACGAGGUUCUGGACCGUAACCAUCGGAUUACCCAGAACCAACUGCUGGAGGCGGAACGACAGCUGAGAGUGGCAAGAGAAGAACGAGAGCAGGAGAAAAGGGAACAGCGGGAACUGUUGGAGCAAUUCAAGCAGUCCGAUGACGUAAGAAACCAACGAAUAGCCGAGAUGGAGGAACGACUACGACAACAUAUGUCAGUAGCACCCUCCAUGGUGAGCAUCCCCUUGGACCCUAAUGCACCCCAAACGGUUCCUGUUGGCAAUGGCAAGAAACCCGAAAAUGCUGGUGUUACGGGCAUGCCAAGCAUUUACGGGAGUGAGAGAAAGGCUAGUAGAUACCCCAAUACCCUCU